AUGGGACGGAAUGAGGAUGAAUACGUCACUUACACCAUCGUGACGUGCCAAGAAAGUGCGACUUCACCAGCUGACGUCGCCACAAUGAAGAUAAAGCGCUUUCGCGGUGGUUCAUCGAAGGACUGGCUCACAUGGAGCAUGCAGUUUCGAAGCCUCGCGAAACGAAAAGGCUGGAGAGCUGACCAACUAUCCGUUCAACUUCUUACGCUGAUUGACGGUGAUCUGUUGCGCGAAGUAGAGCGCAUUGCCAGCGAUGCUUCCAGCAAAGGCCUGACAUUUGAAGACUUUUACCGGGAGGUUGGACUUCUUCUGGUCCCAGCGGAUUACUGUGAAGACCUGGAUGAAGAACUAUGGACACUCACCAAGCGCAGAGAAGAGACGGUACAACGCUGCGCGGCACGGCUAAGACAGCUUGCACAGAUGUACGCCGAGUUGCCCCAGGAUUCGCAAACCAUCUCAGAGCUUCAACAAUGUCGAUAUUUUCGCCGCGCCAUGCCGCCGCACUGGCAGGACAAGCUCGCGUGCUGCGGAAUUUCGUAUGAGACGGUGAACGAACUGGCGAUGUAUUUCGAGCGCCUCGAAAGGCGCGAGAGGCAGACUGGCCGGGAUCGCCUAAAUGGUCCAGCUACCCAGGGUGGUGAAAAGGGUCAAGGUCGACGCGACCAACAACGCCCUACCGCUGACCAGCGCAGAGAUCGGCGCAACCCUCGCGAGCAUCGCGACACGCGUCAAGAUCAUCGAGACCGACCUGGUGUACAAGGCGGCAAGAAGAAGCAUGACCGUCACCAAGAACACGGCAAGUGGUGUUCAUUCCACAAAUCAAGCUCGCACGAUUCCAGCGAAUGCUUUGCCCUCAAGAAGCAACGCGAAGAGCACAAGCCUGCCGAGACGAAACGAACUGCUCACAAAAAGAGUAAUUACCCAAGAUUCGAAGAGGAAGAGGCAAGCGACAGUGACAGCGACAGCGAGCUUAAGCUUGUCGGCCUUGUCAAGAAGAAGCAACCGAGCGCCAAGCUCGCCCCACUCCGGAUCCCGGUACAAUUCAAAGACGCGAGUGGCACCUUCAAUGCCCUGCUAGACAGUGGUGCUUCGCGGAGCAUAAUCAACCAAGAAACUAUGCGAGCCAAUGCUCAGCUUGGGCAUAGACAAGUCGAGUCGGCGACAAAGUUUCAGACGGUCAACGGAGAAGUCGCUAGUGCUGGUAGUACGAUUGUACAGUUCCGCUUUCCGUCUCUCCAGCCUUCGACCAUAAUCACGCACAAGUUCGAAAUUCUGGAUCAGAGCCAGGAUGCCAUGGUGAUCGGUCGUGAUAUCCUGAAUGAACUAGGAAUCGUGCUCAAUUUUAAAGACAAACUGGUUCAGUGGGAUGGUCACGAUACACAUUUAAACACCGGCGGGUCAUCGUCUCCCAACGCAAGUGAUUAUGAAUUCCCCGAAGAGAGCAAAGAAGUCGAUAACACUGCAGUGCGACCAGAAGACCUCAUGCCAGACAGGCUAUCCAAGCCACUCGUCGGCAAAUAUCUCCAGCUUCUUCGCGAUAACGAGCAUCUCUAUGACGGUCACUUGGGGAGGAUGAGAUUCGAAGACUACGCUCUACCAAUAGUGCCGGAGUACAAGCCUGUACACGCAAAACCUUAUCCAGUCCCAAGAAGCCUCGAAAACAAGGCUCGAGAGCUCAUCCAGCAUUUGGUCAGCAUCGACGUGCUGGAGCAGAUUUUUGAUUCAGAAAUGGCAUCGCCUGCUUUUUUUCUCAAGAAGCCCAACGGAUCACUUCGUCUACUGAUAGAUUUUCGCGGACUCAACCGAUAUCUGAAACGCAGCCCUUAUUACGUCCCACGUAUACGCGAGAUCCUGUUGCGUCUCGCAGGAGCCAAGUAUCUGUCAACAUUCGAUGCUAAUAUGGGGUAUUACGCGCGUCGCCUUGCUGCCUCAAGCCGUGGUCACACAGCUUUCUGUCUUCCGUUCGGGAAGUAUCAAUACAAACGACUCCCAAUGGGCAUUUCUACAGCACCGGACGAAUACCAAGCCUGCAUGGAGAAGAUUUUUGGCGAUCUGGCUUUUGUCGUAGUCUAUUUGGAUGAUAUACUCGUCUACUCCGAUAGUGAAGAGACGCACCUAGAGCACCUACACAUUGUGUUCAAGCGACUAACCAAGUAUGGGGUAACUCUCAACGGAAAGAAGUGCCACAUCCUCAGACAGUCCGUCGACUAUCUCGGCUUUACGCUGACAUCUCAAGGGAUCCAGCCCCAACAAAAGAAGAUUCAAGCCAUCCAACAAAUUUCCGUCCCCAAAACCAGGAAGGAACUACGCCGCUUCCUCGGAAUGAUUAAUUACUAUAGAGAUAUGGUACCCAACAAGACGGCAUUGUGCCAACCUCUCAACCGAUUCACCAGCUCCAAAGUCCCGUUCGACUGGUUGUCUAGCGACACGGAAGCAUUUCACGCUAUCCAGAAAGCGUUUGCCCAAGCCGUACUGCUCGCGUUUCCUGACUUUGAGCAACCAUUUCACGUCUACGCCGAUGCCAGCGGAAAGCAAAUCGGUGGCAUCAUUAUGCAGAAGAACCAGAUUCUCGCCUGCUAUUCCCGAAGUCUCAACAAGCAUCAAGUGAAUUACACAACGAUGGAGCUUGAGCUCCUCUCUAUCGUUGAAAUGCUGCGCGAAUACCGCACCAUGCUGCUCGGGUUCCCUGUGGUUGUUCACACCGACCAUAAGAACCUAAUUUAUCCGACCGAAACCAGCCUGCGCGUUAAGCGCUGGAAGCUCCUGUUGGCUGAGUACAGGCUAUCGAUGCAUUACAUCAAGGGAACCAAGAAUGUUGGUGCUGAUGCGUUUUCCCGGAUGAGAUUCGAUGCGAUGAACACGAAGACUCAUUUGCAGCUCGCGGACGAGAUAUGCGCUACCGCUGAUGAACCAGAUUGUGUCAUGCAUGGUCCGGUUCUUCGCGAACAUCAAGAUAAGGACUUGAUGAUUCAAAAAAUCAAGACAGCUUGCCUCAACGGCAACAACAAUCCUGACUAUCAGCUUCUACCUCUACUCGGCUGCACGCUGGUCGCGUACCAAAAGCGCGUCAUCGUGCCCGAUAGCUUGCGAGAAGAUCUCAUUCGUUGGUAUCAUUUAACGCUCAGUCACCCUGGCGGUGAACGACAGUACAAGACAAUGAGGCAGGUUCUCUACUGGCCCGGAAUGGAAGCCGCGAUCAUCAAGAAUGCGAAAGAUUGUCUAAUUUGCAAGAAGGCAAAGGUCCACGGAGGCAAGCAGGACUAUGGAUUACUACCACCACGAACACUCAAGACGGUGAACCCCUUUGACACCGUUCAUGUCGAUCUCAUUGGUCCCUACGAAGACGGACACUACGGUAUUACCAUGAUUGACCAUGCGACGCGUUGGCUGGAAGUGGGUAUUCAGCACGACAAAACUUCGCUGACCACAGCCGAAAGCUUCGAUCGUGAAUGGCUGUGCCGCUACCCGCGUCCUGUAACGGUUAUACACGACCUAGGAACGGAAUUCACUGGUGAUGAGUUUCAAGAAUUGCUCCGCAGCUACGGGAUACAAGCCAAGCCUAUAACAAGCAAGAACCCUCAAGCUAACGCUAUUUGUGAACGCGUUCACCUCGAGAUUUUAAAUGUCAUCAGGUGCCACGAUGGCACUGACUGGAAGAAAACCAUUCACUACGCUGCAUUCGCCGUGCGAGCAAGCUACCACAGCAUUCUUAAUGCUUCCCCAGGUCAACUACUCUUCGGUCAAGAUAUGAUCACUCGUCAGCUUUAUAACGCCAACUGGAGCUAUCUAUCGAAGCGUCGUUUUGAUGCAAUUCUCGCCGACAAUGACCGCGAGAAUAGCAAACGCCUCGAGCAUUUCUACAAUACGGGAGACCACGUGAUGUUACGCGUCCCCAAGAAGUUCCGUGCAAAAUUGCACGCAGUGGCAACCGGACCUUUUGUUAUCCGCCAAGUUCACAGCAACGGCACUGUGACCAUCGACAAGGGAGCAAUGGCAGAACGUGUGAGCAUCCGCCGCAUUUUUCCGUGCUAA